AAAAGGUUCAAGUGGCCGGAGAAGGAUAAUUUGUCGUCGUUUGUUGACUUAUUUACUCAUGUAUUUGUUUACUAACAAGAACAGUGACGAUAAAACAGACGACGGCAGACCAAGAAAACGACGUCAGGAGGACACCGUGAGCAAACUGGUCUUCAAUACGGACAUGCUAACUGUUAGCAUACCUUCUUCGUUCUAAUGAGGAAGUCACCUGAAUGCCAUUCUGCAAGAAAACAGAGAUGAUGUGACAGCGCUCCACUGUAAAACAGUUUGCUUUGUCCAGAAUGGCAACUUCAAGGAGGCUUUAAAUCUCAUGAACACUCAUGCAAAAGUCAUUGGCAGCGAGCUUGUAUUUGAAAAAGCGUACUGCGAGUAUCGCCUAAACAGAGUGGAUAGUUCUCUAAAGACCAUCGAAAAUGCCACUGAGCAGACAGACAAGCUGAGGGAGCUCUACGGACAAGUGUUAUACAGACUAGAGCGUUACGACGAAUGCAAGUCCGUCUACAAGGAUCUUAUCAGAAACUCUCAGGAUGAGUACGAAGAGGAGCGAAAGACCAACCUGGCGGCUGUCGUUGCCGCCACGAGUCAGUGGGGGAAUACCCCGUUGGAAGAGCUCGGCCUUCCUGACUCGACGUACGAGCUGUGCUACAACACCGCCUGCAGUCUGAUAGGCCAGUUCAAGCUGACAGAAGCAUACAAUAAGCUGCAAAAAGCCGAAGAGCUGUGCAGAAUUUCCCUGGCAGAUGAUACUGACAUCACCGAGGAGGAUAUCGAGUCAGAGCUGGCCGUCAUCCAUUCUCAGAUGGCAUACGUGAUGCAGUUACAAGGUCGGACAGAGGAGGCGCUUCAGCUCUACAAUCAGGUCAUCAAGCUCAAGCCGUCUGAUGUGGGCCUGCUGGCUGUGACCGCCAACAACAUCAUCACCUUAAACAAGGACCAAAACGUGUUUGACUCCAAAAAAAAGUUGAAGCUGACAAACGCAGAAGGUGUGGAGUUCAAGCUGGCCAAAAAGCAGCUGCAAGCCAUCGACUUCAACAAAUCCCUGCUGGCCAUGUACACCAACCAGGCCGACCAGUGCAGGAAGCUGUCGUCCAGUCUUCAGUCUCAGAACCCCGGUCACCCGCGCCCAGUCCUGAUCCAGGUGGCUCAACUGUGCAGGGAGAAGCAGCACAGCAAGGCCGUCGAGUUGCUGCAGCAAUUUUCCGACCAGCAUCCAGAGAGCGCAUCAGAGAUCAAACUGACGAUGGCACAGUUGUAUUUAGUUCAAGGUCACGUCACCAAAGCCUGCGACGUUUUGAUGUCCAUUGAAGAGUUCAAGUACAAGUCAGGCAUGGUGUCAGCGCUGGUGACCAUGUACUCCCACGAGGAAGAUAUAGACGGCGCUAUUGAUGUUUUUAGGCAAGCUAUUCAGCACUUUCAGUCCGAACAGCCUGGAUCCGAGGCCCAUUUGGCUCUUGUGCGAGAAGCCGCCAAUUUCAAACUGAAACACGGUCGGAAAAAGGAAGCAAUUAGUGACCUGGAGCAACUGUGGAAGCAAAACCCUAAAGACACUCACACUCUGGCGCAGCUCAUCUCCGCCUACUCGCUGGUGGACACGGAUAAAGCCAAAUCCCUGAGCAAGCACCUGCCGUCGGCGGACACCAUGUCCUUCAAAGUGGACGUGGACGCGCUGGAGAACUCCCCUGGAGCCACGUAUGUCAGGAAAAAGGCAGGGAAAGUGGUGGGGGAGGUCCUUCCUAAAGAAGAAGGCCAAGGGGAUAUGAAGAAGAAGAGGAAGAAGAAGAAAGGUAAAUUACCAAAGAACUGUGACCCCAAAGCGACCCCUGACCCCGAGAGGUGGCUGCCCAUGAGGGAGCGCACCUACUACCGAGGCAAGAAGAAGGGGAAGAAGAAGGAGCAAAUCGGAAAAGGCACACAGGGGGCGGUGGCGGGCGCUUCUGCCGAGCUGGAUGCUAGUAAGACCGCCAGCAGCCCCCCCACCUCCCCGAGACCGGGCUCUGCGGCCGGCCCGGGCCCCACCAACGUAGUACCUCCGCGACAACAAAAACCGGCGUCCUCGGGGGCCACUCGCAAGAAGGCACCACAGAAGAAGAAAAAGGGUGGCAAAGGAGGUUGGUAACCCUGAUAAGAACUAAAGGAAGGACCAUGCAAUGCAAAGGUUUUUUUGUUUUUCGGGUCCCACUUUUUUUCAUUUCCAGUCCAAACCUUCAACUCUUGUCUUAUUUUGAUAGCACAGGAAGUGGCAUCAAAGGACCCUCAGGCGCAUACUUUAUUUUUGUUGAAGUUGUGACCUACGAUACAUGAAACACAUUUUAAUUAAAAAGUAUGAAACUGAA